CUGCGCAUCGCGAGAUUUGAGCAGCUGUUGAGUGUGUGUUUUUUUUAGACCAGUUCUCGUCGGCCAACACGUGGGGAGAAGAGAUUGACUUUGUACGGAACACUUUUUAUGGUCGAAAAAGGGACGCUCCAUUUACACCUUGCUUGACCGGUCUUGCUCUCAUCGUGGCGGCAUUAAGGACCCUAAAUUACUGUGUAGCUAGUGUCCUGAGAUGCCGCUGAGGUUUCGCUCGGUUGUGCCCUACACACUGCCUGGAGUUCUGGCACUGAUUGGCUGGUGGUGGUACAUCUCCCGCAAGAAAGAGCGUCUCAUUAGCCAUGACGAACCAGAUGAAGCUUCAAAAAUCGCACCCCUUAGGUCAUCUGUAGCAGUGGGUAGCAAUGGUGUGUGUGAAAAAGGAACUGGAUCUUCUACAAACGACACAGAACAUCACCUCAUUUGCAGACAAGUAACUAAUCAAGACAAGGAGCAGGAAAAUAUCUCCGAAACUCUUGUUCAGGAUGCAUAUGCAGCAUGUUCAGUGGGACAAUCUUCCAAAGAGGCAGCAUCUGAAACUUGUGGAAGGAGACUGCACAUUGAUAGACCCGCAGUCUCAACUCUGCCACCAUAUGAGCAGGGCCACAGUCACAAAGUGUCACUCAAAGAACAUGGGUUUAAGAAGAAAAGCCCAGCAACUGCUUUGGCUACAGAGGCAGAAAUCUACCUUAAGAGUGAACUAACUUGUGCUGCGGAAGACACAGUUAAAGAGAUUGACUUGCCCUGCCAAUCCACCAAAGUUAUGCACUCGGCCUCCUCGUCGACAUGCCUUUCAGAUGCAGAGAGGCCUGAGCCAGAGGGUGAGGUUGCAAAAAACUACAACAUUAUGACACAAAAUGAUGCCUGUGUGGUCACCCCCGCUAAAGUGCAGAGAGGGAUCUCAUCACAGUUUGAUUCUCUAGAAACACCUACAUCCCUGCAUGAUUUCAAUCAACACAUUCUAACCAGCACUCCUACCUCCACUCUUCUGACCUUUAAAGCCCAGACCAAGUCAUUGACUUCACAGGAAAUCCUGGUUCACUGCAAUAAUGGUGAAAAACAAGAUUUGGAGGUUCUGGCAGCUGGGCUCAUAACUGAGGUCAUCUCGGCAGCCACCCAGCAGGUCCUUGGUGUCACCAGCUGCCAGGCUCCUGACAAAAGCAUGCAGUGCCACCACAGUUUGUCUGAUGCCCUUCAACAGAGCAAAGAGCAAGUGAUGCUGAAUGGCUGUUCUGCAGUGUCUGAAUGGGAGUCUGUUAAUAUCAGUGGAUUGGUUUAUCAGUCAGAUAAUAUGCAGGUAGACCCUUUGCCAAAACUGUCUUACCAAGCAGCAAUGAGUACGCCUCUGCCAGGUAUUGAACAGAAAGGUGUUGAAUUGGCUACACAGGCUGAAGAUUCUGCUUGUAGCACAUGCCACUCUGAGGAUGGCAUUAGCAGCGAGGACCACAGAAUGUUCGACAAGAGUGAUAUCUUCCAGGUUACAGACUUGUCAGAAAGAGAAGAUACAAAAUCCCAAUCACUGGCUGAGACUACAACAGAGGUGAUGAUUUUGGCUUUGACUGAAGAAAAUUCAGCGGAUGUAAAUAGACUUGAUGGAAUGAACUUGAGGAAUGGAGCCCAUGGUACAUGUGAAGUGGAAACAGACCAGUCUGGAGGCUCUGAUGUGAACAGCAUGGACUCGGGUGACAGCGGCUGCACGAUGGGCGCUGGGGAAAGUCAAAGUAACCUUGCUACUUCAAGUUUAGAGCUUGUCAUCUGGGAGAUAGAAAUUCCAAAGGGUCUUGUUGGGCGCUUAAUUGGUAGGCAAGGAAGAUAUGUGAGUUUCCUGAAGCAGACCUCAGGCGCAAAGAUCUACAUCUCAGCCUUGCCUUACACACAGGAGUUCCAAAUAUGUCACAUAGAAGGUAUGCAGCAGCAAGUGGACAAAGCCCUAUCCCUGAUUGGGAAGAAAUUUAAAGAUCUGGAGAUGACCAACAUUUAUGCACCUCCACCGCCACCCCUGCCAUUGCCAUCACUCCCCAUUACUUCCUGGCUUCUUAUGCCCAGUGGCGUGACUGUGGAAGUGAUCGUGGUGAAUAUUGUGUCAGCCGGGCACAUCUUUGUCCAGCAGCACACACAUCCUACUUACCAUGCCUUGAGGAGCCUCGACCAGCAGAUGUUCUUGUGCUACUCCCAGCCAGGCAUACCCACCCUUCCCUCACCUGCGGAAGUUGGAGUAAUAUGUGCUGCUCCAGCAGUGGAAGGAGCAUGGUGGAGAGCUCAGGUCAUCACUUUCUAUAAGGAAUCAAAUGAGGCGGAAAUAAGAUAUGUUGAUUACGGUGGCUAUGACAGAGUCAAGAUUGACUCACUACGGCAAAUAAGGUCUGAUUUUGUAACGUUGCCGUUUCAAGGGGCUGAAGUAUUGCUUGACAACAUCGCUCCCUUACCAGGAGAAGAUUGUUUUUCUUCUGAGGCCACAUCAGCUUUAGAGGAGAUGACACGGGGUGCUGCACUGCUUGCACAAGUCUCAAACUAUGAUGAUAAUACUGGUCUUCCUCUGGUUCAUCUGUGGAACAUGGUAGGGGAGGAGGUUUUCUCAAUAAACCGUUCGUUGGCAGAGAGGGGCCUGGGGGUCUGGUUGGAUGGAUUUUGAACCAUCAUCGUUAAGACACAUCACUGGAUGAAGUUCUUUUUUGUUUUUCUUUGAUGUCCUUUUCCUUUCUUAAAAAAAAUAAAAUAAAAUUAGUUUUCAGGCAUAGUCUUCAAGAACAGCACUGUUCCAAAAUUGUAUUUAGGACGACCAUUCUUUUCCCAAUGCACUAAAAAAACGAAAGAAGUACUUUUUAAAAAUGUAUUUAUAUAUAUAUAUAUAUAUAUUAUAUAUAUAUAUACAUAAAUAAAUAUGAAAAGUAUUUUUUUAAAGUAUAAGAUGUAAGUGAAUAAAGGGUAACCCAAUGUUAUUUAUUCAAC